AGACGGUGAUUGUGCUCAUUAUAUAAGGGCUAGCACUGUGUAUACGCUGGGCCAUGUAGGAAUCAAUGUCAGAGCUUCAGGACUGGAGCAGAUCACCAGCGUGUGUAUUUCAUGUGUGAAAAUGCAUAUUUUGUCACCAUUGACACUGUCCUCUUAACUGUCACCCUAAUGGCUGCAGCAGUGGCAUCUGCAGAAAUAUCAUAGUUGAUGUCACAGACAGGGUUAUGUUAAUGCUCUGUGGUAUUACAUGGAUUAACCCUAAACCCAGGGCCUAAUUUUAGGUUGAGAUAGGCAGCCAUGAUGAGCCUGUGCUGGGAUGAAACAGCAAGAUCUGAGCCCCUGAUGUUAUGACAUUGCUGAAUAUAACUGACACCCACAGGCAUUGCUUGUUUAUUGGCUGAUACAGUUCAUAUCACUUUCUAUAUCAAAAAUCUUCUAGGUCAUAUAUAUUUUAUAGGAACAGCACCUGAACUUAUCAAAAAACAGUUUUUAUAUUACAAAGUCAAAAUGAGUACACUGUAGUCCAUAUACAUUGUAAGCAGGGUAGAUACAGUCUAUCAGCUGUGCCCUAUGUGUAAAAUGAUGGUGCUGUAUAGAAAUUGAGAAAGAUCAGGUCUAAAACGCCAGAAACAUCUUCAUAUUAUAUGUGGCUCUAAAACCACUAAGUAUAAUGUCCACCCCUGUUAAAAAUGUCCCUUAUUGCUGUUGUUCUAUCGAAAACUCCAAUCUGAAAGGGUUGCCGGAAGUGACGUCAGAUUGGAGUUUUCGAGGAAUUGGGAGUUCUCGACAGAAAACCCUUAGUUCCCUUACUAAAGAUGGCGCAGAAUAAGCACACAUAUCUAGCUUCCGACAUGUGACGUAAUAUCCGGAGUUUUCCAUGUAAACACGGAAGUCACAGCGACAAUAAUAACAACGAGAAGCUGCUGUUACCGUCACCCGGGUAGCCAACCUCAUAGUCGUUAUACCCGCGACUGUCUGCAGGGGACGCCAUGGCCCUGCACCGCGGUGUAAAUGGCCUGCGGUUUAACCAGGACCAGAGCUGUUUCUGCUGUGCGAUGGAGACUGGCGUGCGAAUCUUUAAUAUUGAACCCCUGAUGGAAAAAGGACACCUUGAUGUGGAACAAGUUGGCAGCGUGGGGCAGGUAGAAAUGCUACAGAGGUGUAAUCUACUGGCACUAGUGGGUGGUGGCAGUAACCCGAAAUUCUCCGACAUCUCCGUGCUGAUUUGGGAUGAUUCGCGCGACGGAAAGGAUAAGCUAGUCCUGGAAUUCACUUUUACUAAACCUGUGCUAAGUGUACGUCUGCGAUCCGACAAGAUUGUCAUCGUACUGCGAAACCGGAUCUAUGUCUACUCUUUUCCUGACAAUCCAACCAAACUGUUUGAGUUUGACACACGCGACAAUCCAAAAGGCCUGUGUGACCUGUGUCCCAGCCUGGAGAAACAGCUGCUGCUGUUCCCGGGACAUAAGUGCGGCAGCCUGCAGCUGGUGGAUCUGUGUAAUGCAAAGCCGAGUAGCUCAUCUGCUCCAUUCACAAUAAAUGCCCAUCAAAGUGAGCUCGGCUGCUUGACAGUCAAUCAGCAGGGUACUCUGGUAGCAUCUGCUUCACGCAAAGGGACGUUAAUUCGGCUUUUUGAUACCCAGACACGGGAGCAGCUUGUGGAGCUCAGGAGAGGUACGGACCCUGCAACAUUGUACUGUAUCAGUUUCAGCCAUGACAGCUCCUUCCUGUGCAGCUCCAGUGAUAAAGGCACUGUGCAUAUCUUUGCAUUGAAGGAUACCAAGCUCAACCGCCGCUCAGCCUUGGCACGGGUUGGGAAGGUGGGCCCUAUGAUUGGACAGUAUGUGGAUUCUCAGUGGAGCUUAGCAAGCUUCACCGUGCCAGCAGAGUCUGCCUGUAUCUGUGCGUUUGGCAAAAAUACCUCAAAAAAUGUCAACUCGGUGAUAGCGGUCUGUGUGGAUGGCACAUUUCAUAAAUAUGUGUUCAGCCCUGAAGGGAACUGUAACCGUGAAGCCUUUGACGUAUACCUGGACAUAUGUGAUGAUGAUGUAUUCUGAUCAGCCGCAUAAUGGCAAUUGUGUGAUUGUAUUUGCUGAUGUUCGGCUGAGGACACUGCUCUAUGCAGAGGCUAUCUCAUAUCGUACAUGAAACUGAAGUUGUGGAUGAAGAGAGGGAAAAUGCAGUGCUUGCCUAAAUUCCCUGGUUGUGUAAAUAGUUUUCAUCAUGGACUACUCAUAUUAAUAAAGACUUCAUGAUGCAUUGGCAUUUUUAUAAUAACUAGAUGGACUGUACAUCAAGCAAAAUGUGCCUCCCACAAUAUCUCAUUCAAAUAAGUAAUUGUCCAGCUUUUUCACAUAAGGAAAAUGGUUUUGCUUACAGUAAAGAAAUCUAGAGACUUCAUUCAGAAAUGUUCAUGGCUUCAAUUUGUUUCUGGUAAGAAAUCAGACUGUGUACUGUUUAUGUUGCCCAGUGACCUGUGAGUGCAGACAAAGGUCCCCAAAGCUUUCUACCUUCUGUAUUAUGCAGCACAGAGAACUUGUAUCGAAAUCCAAAUGUGAUAAACUUUUAUUUGUGACUAUGAAAUAAACUAAAAAUUGUCUGUAUUAUAAA